AUGUCGGACCACUCGGCUAGAAGUCAUACUUCACGCUCGCAGUCUCGAGCAGCCAGCCACCCGCCCACACCAUCGCAGCAGGCAGCCUCGCCAGCUCAGCCAGCACCAACACCCAGUGUUGCUACACCCGCUGCCACCCGCUCCGCGACAGCAUCAGCCAACACUCCUUUACCUCCCGUCAACGGCCCGCCUCCCCCGCCGGUCCUGCCUCAAUUCCACCAGGCGACCAUGGCCUACUCUGGCACUGGCUUCAAUGCGCGCUGGGGUCCGGACGGUGGUGGUCCGCCGAACUACAUGUACGGCUCAGGACGCGGAAUGUACGGCCACCCAGGCCCCUACGCCAACAUGCCAAUGCAAUUCCAGCAGCCUGCUGGUUUCGGCUACUGUGCCCCAAACACACCCGUCAUGAUGCCCUACGGCAUGGCCCAGCAAGCCUUCAAUCCCUAUGGCGGGCAAGGCUAUCCAAGACCGGUCAUGACACCAGGCGGACGACCUCCAUACCCCUAUCCCAUCCUGGACGGGAGCGCGCCCUCGGCCAACAUGACCAACAGCACAGGAGGAGUAGGCUGCGAGCCAGGAUACAGCUACUUUUUCCCACCCGAGCACACCAAGAUACACUUUCUACGAACGGGCCCAGAUGCGCCGUGGCAGUUGCCUCCCGGGACGCACAUCGAAUUCACUGCGGCGCACGUCCCCACGAAUAUCACCAUCGCCCAACUGAUGAAGGGCUUUGGGGCUUCCAACUCCAACCCCCGACUCAACAACAUCUGGGAGGUGCUGCCGGCGGGCAACGGCAAGUGGUACAAGGGCAUGCAGUUCAACGGGGACGACAGCGACAGCUGCAAGAAGACGCUCAAGGAGGUCGGGUGGGACAAGACGAGGAGCGGGCUGCCGGGGGAGAGUCCGGUUGUUUAUCUGUACGUCACCAAGGAUUGA